AUGGCCCCCUGCCAAGGAGAAAGGAAGGCAGGAAGAGUCGAAGCGGUACUCAUUUUCGUCGCAGAACAGGUUGCAGCGAUGUACGUCUUCAGGCCUCAGAUUCCGACGGGCUGUAGCUGCGGCAAGGCGCGGAACCUCAGGCGCCGCACCAAGCCGGAGAAGCGGCCCAAGAACCGGCUGGUGGCCCGAAGAGCCUUGCGAGUGAAGGACAUCCAGGCGACAUCCAGGCAGCGCAUGGCUUCACCUCCGCCCGCCCCAUCGCCGGGCAACAAGAAGAGAGACCUGGUGGUGGACCGUUUGCGCGGUCGACUGGUGGAGCGCCGCAGCAGUGAGCUGGUGGCGGCGCUGGAGCGCCGACAUGGUCAGAACUGGCCACGCCACGUGCUGGAAGGCGGCUUCCACGCCGACGAGGCGAUGCGCCGCAUGUGCGAGGCCUUUGGUUUGCGCCCGGAGUUGGAGCGCCGGGUGCUGGCCUUGGCGAUGCAACAAGCGGAGGCUUGGCCCAGCAAGGUGCCUUUCGCAUUGUCAUCUCCGAGCACCAGCGACGAUGAAACGAUAUCAACAAGGUGUGACGAGUCUGCUGGAGGUCGAAGCAGAUCCAGCUCCUUCGAUUCGGAGGACUCGCUCGGAAAGGCAUUGCUUCCCGGCCCGAUGUUGUGGAGGGCAUCAUGGAGGCUUCAAGUGCUAAACAGCGGAGCGCCGCAAGAUGAGGACAAAGAGGAAGACGAGACGCAAGACAAGGAAGCGCUCGAGGAGGAGGAGUUGAGCAGAAGGCUGCGGGAGGCCAUCGCGAAUGCAGAACGGCAAGCAGGGUCGGCGCAGGAGGCUCCAGAGCCAGAACCAGUGCGGGAGAAGGUGCAGAGUAUGAAAUUUGAGGAGUCUGAGAUUUGUUUCUUCAUCAUCGACGAAAGCGGAAUCACCGAAGACUUGUACCACAGAAAGCUGCAGACAAAGGACUUCGAUGGCCCCAGCGGCCACAAAGCCCGCAAGGCGAGUUGCCUCUGGUGCGGCGAGGACUCAGACGCAGAAAGCGGCGAGGAAGAUGACUGGAAGGAUCAAUGCGACGAAAUGGCCGCAACUUGGCGAGUGACUGCUCCAUCGCCAUUGGCACAGCUGACUGACUUUGGCAUGCCUUGCAACACCUGGCAGAAGAAUAUCAUGUUCUUCCAGGAGCCGCGCUCCAUGGGUCAGCUGAGCAUGUCGCGAGCUGAUGCUGAUGCUGAUGAUGAUGUGGUGGUGGUGGUGGUGGUGGUGGUGGUGGUGGUGGUGGUGGUGGUGGUGGUGGUGGUGGUGGUGGUGGUGGUGGUGGUGGUGGCAAAGCCGGCGAAGGCAGCAGUGCAAUCGCCGCAGGCCGAGGACUCCUUGGCCAAAGCGACUGCCACGGCCGCCACGACCUUGUCCACGGUCGCGGAGGUGAAUACAGCUGGGGGAGCCUACCGGGUGAUCCCCACACCGGGGAACCUCAUUGGUGGGCUGAUGGGCAGAGGAGGCACCACGAUCACGGCCAUCAGGAAGAAUCACCCAGGUGUUACCAUCAAGGUGAACCAGCCGCAAGGCAAUGCGCUGGCGCAGAUCAUUAUCACUGGGGACCCUAAGAUGGUGCCAUCAGCUGAGGUGGCAGUGUGCGAGGCUUUGAUGAGCGGCCCCGGCCCCGCGGGCGCUCGAGGCGAGUCUAAACCUGCCGUAAGGGAACGCUGGGCCGUUCUGAGCCAGGUCCGCGCUGAUGCUUCCGACGUGCUGACAGGCAAGGUUUGGGACACGGGCUUGCAUGUGUCCGCCUUGAGCCAUCGGGGCACGGGCGGAUGCGGCCGGCCCAUGGAUGCCGUUUCACCGAAGCUUCCGGGGAACAAGCUCUUGUGCUUCGCAGAGGUUUGCGCUGAGUGUCGCAGCGUGCCGGGAGAAGAGGUCAAGCGGAAGGCACCGCGGCAGGCGAAAAGCAAGCCCGCCAGCAAGGAGGCCGAAAGAGAAGGAUCAGCUUUCAACAACAGCGUGUUCCUUUCGUCAGUUGCGACGGAUGCGGACAAGGCAGAACCACCACUCCUGGAGUGA